CAGUGUGUUUACCAGACUGACAGCCGCAGGAAGCUGCUGCAUUUAUUCACCUAUGGGCCUUUUUAAUUGAAGAGUGAGCGAAGAAGCGGUGUUUGGAAGUAUUGUGUUAUCAAGCAGUGGAAUGACGGUAGUUUCCAUUCUGUCUGUUUGUCGUAGUGAACUGAACUUUGCUCAUCUUCAUUCACUGUUGGCCGACUAGCCUGCGAGCUGGCCAGGCUAGGAUAGCAUUGGCUACAGCAGGACUCCGUCUUUGAAAUAGCAACAACACACACAGAAAAGCAGCAUGGUGGACAAGAAUAUCUACACCGUCCAGGGAGAAAUUGGCACUGUUGUUGGGGCUAUCAAGAGGAACUCCAGAUGGAAUACUCAUACUCCCCUGGAUGAAGAACAGGACCCGUUACUCAACAGCUUUGGACACCUCAAAGAAAUCCUCAACAGCAUUACAGAGCUGUCAGAUAUUGAACCCAACAUAUUCCUGAGGCCUUUCCUGGAAGUGGUCCGCUCUGAGGACACCACUGGACCAAUCACAGGACUUGCCCUUACCUCUGUCAACAAGUUCCUUUCCUACGGCCUCCUCGAUCCAAACCAUGAAGCGGCAGCAGAGGCCAUUGAGAACAUGGCAGAUGCCGUCACACAUGCUAGAUUUGUGGGAACAGACCCUGCCAGUGAUGAAGUCGUCCUCAUGAAAAUUCUACAGGUCCUGAGGACUCUGCUGCUGACACCAGUCGGGGCCCAUCUGACCAACGAGUCGGUUUGUGAGAUCAUGCAGUCCUGCUUCAGGAUUUGCUUUGAAAUGCGCCUUAGUGACCUUCUCAGGAAAUCAGCUGAACAUACACUGGUUGACAUGGUGCAGCUGCUUUACUCCAGACUCCCACAGUUCAAAGAAGAGGCCAAGAGUUAUGUUGGUGCCAACAUAAAAAAGUUGAAGAUGCGUGCCGGUGGAAUGAGUGAGUCGUCCAAAUGGAAGAAGCAGAAGCGCUCGCCAAAGCAGCCGCGACACAUGGUCCGAAGUCCCUCUGGUCAGAUGGACCCAGCCCAGUCCAGCACCCUCAGCAACAACAACCUUUCAGGUGGCGUUCCCUUCAUUGAGCAGGGCCUGUCUAGCUUACCAGCCACAGACAGUGCUGGCUCAUCCAUUUCCAGCCCUACAACCACAGACAGUGGCCUAGACACCUGCUCCAAAGCCACCUCCAGAGAAGACUUGUCUGACCUGGAACAGUGCAGCUUGUCUGCAAACAACCUGGGCCCUGAGCCCAGCUCUCCAGAUGCACACUCGGAGGGCAGUCGGGUUGAACGAUCUCAGUCGGCCUCAGUGGAGUCUAUCCCUGAGGUUCUUCAGGACAAAGACUCUAUUACAGAGCGGUCCGACAGUUCCUCUGUUCAUGAUAUGGACUAUGUCAACCCCCGAGGAGUCCGUUUCACACAGUCCACACAAAGAGAUGGUAUGGAUAUUGAAGGAGCAUCCCUCAUUCCUUAUGGCCUCCCAUGUCUGAGGGAACUUUUUCGCUUCCUGAUCUCACUUACAAACCCCCAUGACCGCCACAACACUGAUGCAAUGAUGCACAUGGGCCUGCAGCUGCUGACUGUUGCACUUGAGUCAGGAAACAUGGCUAACUACCAGUCGUUACUAGGUCUAGUCAAAGAUGAGCUCUGCAGACAUCUCUUCCAGUUGCUGAGUGUUGACCGUAUGAACCUCUACGCUUCUUCCAUACGAGUUUGCUUCUUGCUUUUCGAAAGCAUGAGAUUACAUCUCAAGUUUCAGCUCGAGAUGUACCUUAAGAAAAUGAUGGACAUCAUCACAUCAGAGAACGUUAAGAUGCCAUAUGAGAUGAAGGAGAUGGCUCUGGAGGCUCUGGUGCAGCUGUGGAGGAUCCCCAGCUUUGUCACCGAGCUGUACAUUAACUAUGACUGUGACUUUUACUGCUCCAAUCUGUUUGAAGACCUCACUAAACUGCUGUCCAAGAAUGCGUUCCCAGUGUCAGGGCAGCUUUACACAACGCACCUCCUGUCGCUGGAGGCUCUCCUCACUGUGAUUGACAGCACUGAGGCUAACUGUCAGGCCAAAGUGCUCAACAACACUGCUCAACAAGAGCAGUCAGAAACACUGCUGGCAGAGGGAGAAAGUUUAUGCCAUAGUGGACCAGACAGUACAACUGAUCUUAACAGACUUGACAAUACCAAUGGUUUGAGUGUUCCACAAGCUCCGAGUGCACCAGUAUGUCCACCAACCAGUGGUCAUCUGAUGGCAGAGACGAUGAAACUGGGCAGACAGGACCAAGGAGACAAUGAUGCUGCAGCUGAGAAGAGAGCACCAAAGAAGCCUCAGCGUUUCUCAUCAUUUUUACCUGAUUCACAAGAGUUGAUGGAAAUUAGAAGAAAGAAAAAGCUGCUGAUCACAGGCUCAGAGCAGUUCAACCAGAAGCCCAAGAAGGGAAUUCAGUUCCUGCAGGAGAAAGGCCUCCUCAGUAGCCCCAUGGACAACAACCAGGUGGCGCAGUGGCUCAGAGAGAACCCCCGACUGGACAAAAAGAUGAUUGGAGAGUACAUCAGUGACCGCAAGAACAUGGACCUCCUGGACAGCUUUGUGAACACGUUCACCUUCCAGGGACUUCGUAUUGAUGAGGCCCUGCGUCUCUACCUGGAGGCCUUUAGAUUACCUGGAGAGGCUCCAGUCAUCCAUAGACUCAUGGAAACCUUCACAGACAACUGGCAUAAAGUGAACGGCUCUCCAUUCAUGACCAACGAUGCAGGCUUUGCCUUGGCCUAUGCCGUCAUAAUGUUGAACACUGACCAGCAUAAUAACAAUGUCCGCAAGCAGAACAUCCCCAUGACUGUAGAGCAAUUCAAGAAAAAUCUUAAGGGAGUAAAUGGAGACAAAGACUUUGACCAGGACAUGUUGGAGGACAUCUACAAUGCUAUCAAGAAUGAAGAGAUUGUGAUGCCAGAUGAGCAGGCAGGUUUAGUGAAGGAGAACUACGUGUGGAGCGUGUUGCUACACCGCGGUGCCACACCUGAGGGUUUUUUCCUCCACUUGCCACCUGGCAGCUACGACCAUGACUUGUUCACCAUGACCUGGGGUCCCACCAUUGCUGCCCUCUCCUACGUCUUUGACAAGAGCCUGGACGACAGCAUCAUCCAGAAGGCCAUCACUGGCUUCAGGAAAUGUGCAAUGAUCGCUGCUCACUAUGGCUUCAGUGAUGUUUUUGACAAUUUGAUCAUCUCCCUGUGCAAGUUCACUACUCUGACCAAUGAGUCUGUGGAAAACCUCCCGACAGUGUUUGGCAGCAACAGUAAGGCGCAGACAGCAGCCAAGACUGUGUUUGACCUCGCCCAUCGGCACGGCAACAUCCUGAGGGAGGGUUGGAAGAACAUCAUGGACUCCAUGCUGCAGCUGUUCAGAGCCGAGCUGCUGCCCAAAGCCAUGGUCGAGGUGGAGGAUUUUCUGGAGCCAAACGGGAAAAUUUCACUUCAGAGAGAGGAAACGCCAUCCAAUCGUGGUGAGUCUGCAGUGUUGAGCUUUGUGAACUGGCUGACGCUGAGUGGAGCCGAGCAGUCAGGCCUCAGAGGCCCUUCCACAGAAAACCAGGAAGCUAAGCAGGCCUCCAUCCUCUGCAUAAAGCAAUGUGACCCAGAAAAGCUGAUCACAGAGAGUAAAUUCCUACAGUUGGAGUCACUACAGGAGUUAAUGAAGGCUCUGAUAUCAGUCACCCCAGAUGAAGAGACCUAUGAUGAAGAGGAUGCAGCCUUCUGCCUGGAGAUGUUGCUUCGUAUUGUUUUGGAGAAUAGGGACCGGGUGUCCUGUGUGUGGCAGACUGUGCGUGACCACCUCUGCCACCUCUGCGUCCACGCCAAUGAGAGCUGCUUCCUAGUGGAGAGGGCCGUGGUGGGACUCUUGCGACUAGCGAUCCGUCUGCUCCGACGAGAAGACAUUAGCUCUCAGGUUCUCCAAUCCCUGCGUCUACUGCUUAUGAUGAAACCUCAUGUGCUGUCCCGGGUCAGCAGGGAGGUGGCAUACGGCCUUCAUGAGCUACUGAAGACCAACGCAGCCAACAUCCACUGUACAGACGACUGGUACACGCUCUUCUCCUUGCUGGAGUGCAUCGGAGCUGGAGUGAAACCUCCGGCUUCCUUUCAGCUCUCCUCCACCACUACUGACAACGACACAGGCGCCCUGUCAGAUAGUGAACUGACCUCUCAUCAUCCCAGUGAAGUGAGUUUAGACCGGGGCUACACGUCUGACUCUGAGGUUUAUACUGAGCACAGCAAGACCAGGAUGUCUCGCUCCACCACUGAUGUGGAUGUAGCCAGCAGUGGAUGGCUUGUGGUUGGGAAAGAUGACCUGGACUUAAGUAAGACCCCUCCUUUGAGCACCAAAGCCCAGCUAAAUCACCCACUGGUCAACCAGUACAGCCUGACGCUGGGUCAAGACCUUGGCCAGCACGACACAAAGUCUCUCCUCAAAUGUGUGGAAACACUGUCCUUCAUCGUCCGAGAUGCUGCCCACGUCACCCCGGAUAAUUUUGAGCUGUGUGUCCGAGCUAUACGAGUGUUUGUGGAGGCCAGCCUCAAUGGAGGUUACCGUAAUCACGACAAAAAGAAGAGCCACAAGUACGGCCCCAAGUCGCGGCUGAUGAAGAAGGCAGGCGGGAGGGAAAAGGAGGGUGCAGGCGGCACAAGGCGCGGUGGCAGCCGAGCAUCCAGCCAGCGUCCAUCCCGUUCCCACAGCGAUGAGGAGGAGGACGAGGGGGUCCCAGCCAGUUACCACACGGUGUCAUUACAGGUUAGUCAGGACCUGUUAGACCUGAUGCACACGCUGCACACCCGGGCUGCCAGCAUCUACAGCUCCUGGGCCGAGGAACAGCGUCACCUACAGGCCGCGGGCAGGAAAAUCGAGGCCGACUCCCAGACUCUGUGGACCAGCUGCUGGUGUCCGCUGCUGCAAGGUAUCGCUUGGCUGUGCUGCGAUGCCAGGCGACAGGUUCGUAUGCAGGCUCUCACCUACCUCCAGAGGGCGCUGCUUGUUCACGAUCUUCAGACACUUGAUGCCACUGAGUGGGAGUCCUGCUUCAAUAAGGUGCUAUUCCCCUUGUUGACUAAGCUGCUUGACAACAUAAGCCCAGCAGAUGUGGGUGGUAUGGAGGAGACCAGAAUGAGAGGCUGCACUCUCCUGUCAAAGGUUUUCCUCCAGCACCUGUCUCCUCUGCUGUCCCUGCCUACCUUUGCUGCCCUGUGGCUCACCAUCCUGGACUUCAUGGACAGGUACAUGCACGCAGGCUCCAGUGACUUACUGCAGGAGGCCAUUCCUGAGUCUCUGAAGAACAUGCUGCUGGUGAUGGAUACUGCAGGAAUCUUUCAAAGUGCUGACUCCAGGACAGGAUACUCCGACCUGUGGGAAAUCACCUGGGAACGUAUCAUCUGCUUCCUGCCUAACCUGAGGGAGGAGCUCUUUAAACAGACUGUCAUACCAGAACCAGUACCCAGUCCACCUUCAUCUCCAGCAGGUCGGCCUCCAUCCCCUCAGACGUCUCUACCACCUGCACAGCCUCCCUCCCCAGUCCCAGUGUCCCCUGCAGAGACACAGACACCCAGCAGGCCAGCAUCACCCCAGGAGUCUCAGUCAACCAGUGCCACCAGAGCAGACCGAUCAUCUGCAGUCCCACCCUCCAACCCCCCCAUGCCAGUGCCGUUAACUACGUCCCCGACCCAGACCCACUCACCCUUAAGCCAGUCACCGCUCAUCCUGCAGCCCCUUGCCUCUGCCCUGCAGGUGGGAGUCCCGCCCAUGUCCCUGCCAAUCAUCCUGAACCCUGCCCUCAUCGAGGCCAGCUCUCCCGUACCGUUGCUGACCUCGCCUAGACCCAUGAGCCCUGCUGACCAGGUCAAGUAAGACAGAGCUCCCCCCACCCCCCACUGAACAACUGGACCCAAUAGACUUCAACUCCAACUUCAGGAUCUGCUCGCCAGCAGCUUUUUGACGUGAUGAAAUAUAAAGUGUGACAGGACAGAUGACAUGUGACACCUCAGUCUUAUGACGUUUGAUUUGAAUGGUUAGUUGCUGACCCUGCAGCUGCACCACACGUUGUUCGUGCCAAUUUUCUGUUUGCUACUUUUUUUUAAUUCCUGUGGAUAAAUGACCUAACGUAGAAAGAUUGACAUCAUACUAUGACAUUCAGAGAAUUCUUUCAAGGAAAAUAAUUCCAAUAAAAAUGAUUUGGGUAACGUUGCAGUUCACUAAAAGUGUGAAGUACAAGCAGGGCCGUAAGCUGAGAACCCUGAUGUCCUGUGGGCGAACGUGGCUGUUAGGCAACAAGCGGAGAGUUUACAUUGUUGUGCACAUGGUGAGAAUUUGACUGGUUGAUGCCAGUAUUUUUAAACCCAACUCACUGCAUUAUAUAUCUCCAAUAACACAAAGGUUGAAACAAAUGAUCACAAUAUCCCACCACAGCUUGAUUCUGGUGAGAAGAAGAAGGCUUUAAAAUAAUUGUCUUCAUCUGGAGUCUAAGUAAUCGAGAGAUAAUGUGUGUGUGUGUGUGUGUGUGUGUGUGUGUGCGCGGGUGGCGUGCAUGUUUGUGCAAAACAGUGACUCACUGUUUUUAAUAGUUUUGGAUCAAGAAUGGAGCUCAGUGACAGAGGAAUCAGAUGUAUCAGGCUCUGAACACACACACACACACACACACACACACACACACACACACACACACACUUCCACACUCACACUCACGCACACACACAGUUCGUAGUAGACAUUGACUGUUGCUCUGACUCUGUAAUGAGGUGUGUUGGCAGGAAGGUACUUUCUCCUGAGCAUGACUCCUGACUGAGUUUUCAAACAUGAGGGUGGAACAGUUUAUAAUAUCAACACAGGCUUCGUGGACAUGGGAUCAUCACAGGUCCGAUUCAACGUGGUAUCUCGUGAAGCUGGUGAGUUUGGAAGAACCCACUGAACUUGAACUUGAUAAGACAGAGACGACUUUGUGGUUUUCCCUGUGAGCCUGAGCUCCAUCACGAUUUAUCAGUUUCACACAGGGACAGGGGCAGUGUUUGAGCUAUGUGCUGCAGUUGAUGGAGGAGGAUUGGAUUAUCCAGAGCUUUGACUUCGGUCGUAACAGAACCAAUAAUUCUCCCACUCUUGUCUCAUCACUGACGAGCAUCAGUUUGAAAUCUGUACAGAGAAAAAACAAAGUUAUUUAUUUAUCAGUCAGGUGUUUUUUCAGGGACCAAAUUCUGUUCUCCUGUAAAGUCCAAAGAGAAUCAAUGUUUAUAUCUACUUUUCAAUUCUUCAUUCUAUCUUCUAUUUAUCCCUAAAUGUAAAAACAAUUCCUCCUCCACUAAACAAACUAUCGUGGGUACAUGUGCAGCCUUUCUCAGACAGAUGGGAGAAGUCACAUCUGGAACAUUACACAGUGUAGAUACUUGAUUGAGCGGUGAACCCGAUCCACUGUGCAGACAGCAGUUAGGGGCUACACUGCAACUUUUAUGGUUCAUGAUGAAUCCAACAUAUAUUUAAUCAGAGCUGAGACUCAUGUUUCAUGGUGUAGAUCGUGUGGAUUUGAAGCAUGAACGAAGCUCAGCAGCUUUUCAUGCAACGAGUUCACACCACAACAAAGUGAAGGGAAGCAGUAAGACGUCACUGCUGAGUGGAGUCAGCAGUGACGCUUCGUGUCCACUCAGACGCUUUCACAUCCACACUUAACUCCCUGUGUGGAAGCGUUGAGGUGAGGGUGGAGCAGUAGGCAGAGGCAGGACGUAGCAUAUCAAUUAAAUUACAUGUUUUUGUUUACAGCACUACACCACUUUUCUAACCUCAGACAUUUGUUUUCUUACUGAGUUUUGCAUCUGUCGCAUGUUGGAAACAUCAACACACCCUCUCACUCGCAGUAAAACCUCCAGAGGAUCUCCUUCUCACAUUGGCCUAUUCAGUCGUACAAGGUUGAAGCUCAGAGAAACUCAGCAGAAAGUCUGAACCCUCUCAAUCGGUAUUGGGUUCUUACUCUGGAGAAUGUCUGGAGUUUAUCCGGAGUUCAGUGCAUGUGUGAAAGCAGGUGAGCUCCAGCAGAGCUUAUUCAGUGCUGCAGUGUGUGUUUAUCAGUAGGUCUCUGUAGGUGACGGGAUAUGACGUGUUCAUUAACUCUGCAGUAAAUCAACAAUGCUUUGCUGCUAACCCUAACCCAUUCAACGAAGAUAAACAAGCUUCAAUCUCUCUCAGCAUGUGCAUGACGUCUGGGUGCUGCGCUGCACCUUAGUGGUGGAGUUCAGAAGUUUUUACUCCCAUCAACACAAUGUUACUGGAUUUUUCCAAAUCAAUUCACAGUUGUAGAAUAUAACCCCCUUUUCCAUCUUUUUUUUGCAGUAGCUGUUCCUUCGUAAUGUUGCCUCCUUUUUUUUUCAUUCAGUCCAUACGACUUCCUCUUCACUUUUUAUCUGGUUGAAUCUUUAAAUCACAAUUUACCUCCUGAACAAAAAACCGGACUCUUUGGCAGCAGCACUCUGAAGGAAUCACACUUCAAAUAGAUGUUGUCCAAAGUGCUGUACAUCUAAUGGUCUUCACAUGUCCACAGUGAUGAUUCAGUUGUUGCAUUUCAGCUUUUUACCUGGUGCGGUUUCUCUACAUUGAAAGGGGUCGACCCUCUUGCAUGCUGACUGUGUUUUGUGUACAGUGACAUCUACCCUGACAGACCGGUGGGGACUAACUUACCGUUUUAAUACCAAAUGUGUGACUGUGAGUCUGUAGAUGUGGAGCCUAGCCUCCGUUCACAGUGGCCCUGGACUCAUGUUUCAUGUUAAUGUUAUUUAUUGAAGUAGGUGAAGGAGAGAGGGAUGUUUCCCGCUGACGUAGAUGCAGUGUGUGUAUGUCAGCUAGGUAACACUACAGCCUUAUAGCGCCACUGACGUGACACAUGUUGUAAAGCUGUGGGUUUAUUUGUUGUAUGGGAUUCUUAGAUAUAUCAGCUGACAGGAAAUUACAUGAAUAUAAUGUGUAUAUAUAUAUAUAUAAAUAUAUAUAUAUAAAUGAAAGGUAAUGUACUUUUUAUUAUGUAAUAAAUAAAAUGUAAAGAAAGUC